AUGGACGUUGCAAGGAAGAAGAAGCCAAGGCGCUGCUGCCGCCGCUGCCUCGACGGUUUCACCACCAAUUUCCCCAGGGUUCUGAAGCAGGUUCACGAGGGCCUGAGCCGUUCUCAGGAGGCCCUGAGCAUCAUGGAUUCGUUCGUAAAGGACAUCUUUGAGUGCAUCGCUGAUGAGGCUGCACUCCUGGCUCUCUUCACCAAGCGCUCCACCAUCUCCUGCAGAGAGAUCCAGACCGCUGUGCGCCUGCUGCUGCCAUGGGAGACUGGCAAGCACGCCGUGUCCGAGGGCACCAAGGCCCUCGUCAAAUACCUCAGCCACAGAUGA